AUGGGAGUGCAUGUUAGAAGACUACCAAGUACCAAGGACUUGAGGCAGAUGAAUCACCCAUUCCAAGAUAGGGAACUACCGGAUGGUAUUCCCAAAAUUUUCAAGAUUAGGGUGCCACUUCAUUGUUCCCUUCCAAAUCAAAGGAGUAUAUGUUGGAAAUCUAGCAAGAUACUUUUUGAUAACACCAGCUAUCCACAGAAGAAGAAGAGAAUUGUCUUGCUAGUAGGGUCUGCUUAA